AAAGAAAGAAAGAAAGAGAGAGAGAGAGAGAAAGAGAGAGAGACAGGCGGGAAGCGAGCGACAGGGACGAUACAAAGGGCCCACGUAGUCGGGAUACCAUGUGAAUGAUACAAAGGGCCCACGUCGUCGUACGCGCGUGCACGAGGGAUUUGUUCGCAAUCGACGGCAGCCACGCUCUUCGCCAACCUGACGAUGUCCUCAGGCAGGGGCCCAGCGUCGCCCUCGGGCGGACCCGUGGUCCGCUGCGGCCACCUGAAGAAGCUCAAGACAAUGAAGAAAAAGUACUUUGUGCUGCGCGGCGAGGCGCCCGGCUGCCUCGCCUGCCUCGAGUACUACGACAGCAAGAAGAAGUUCGAGAACAGGCAGCCGCCGAAGCGCAGCAUACUGCUGCACAGCUGCUUCAACAUCAACAAGCGCGGCGACACGAAGCACAAGCAUGUGAUCGCGCUCUACACGAAGGACGAGUGCUUCUGCCUCAUCCUCGACAGCGAGAAGGAGCUGGAGGAGUGGCUGAAGGCGAUGCUGAGGCUGCAGAGCGGCGACGUGCCCGAUGGGGAGCAACCGCGGCCUACAUUCGAACACAUAUGGCAAGUUACGAUGCAAAGAAAAGGUCUCGGAGCACGGAAGAACAUUCAUGGACUUUAUAGAUUAUGCCUCACCGAUCAAACUAUAAGUUUAGUGAAAAUUGGGACACAGGAUAACUUGGACUCUAUCGAGAUUUCUCUGAAUUAUAUUAGACGAUGUGGAUUCGCGGACGAUAUAUUCUACAUAGAGGUCGGCCGAUCCGCCGUAACCGGGGACGGUGAGUUUUGGAUGGCAGUCGAGGACAAUAAUAUCGCGCUCAACAUGUACGAUGUGAUAACGACUGCAAUGAGGAAUUCGAAAAGUAGCAAAGACGAGGUAGGACCCCGUCCGAGAACACGUAGUUCCUCCGCCAAUGAAGCCAGCAAACCUAUAUCCGUUCUUCAACGGCGUUACACGAGUCAAAAGCUUCAAGGCUUUCCGCCUUUGGAGGAACAGAGGGCACACAAGGAGCAAGCGGAACCGUUGCAAGAACAGACUGCUACUUCCUCUACUCCCACACAGUGUAGUCAGUCUCGGAGUAUCUCCUCCACAAAUACAGUCACGGCCGCUGCUGGUACCGGGGCUUGGACUACUGGAAUUGCCACGACUAAUGCCAACAGUGCCGCCGGUACCGCUAGACGCCGUCAUUCGGUAGCGAGUCAUCCUCAUUCCGUCAAUAAUUCCCAAUCCGCUCAUGUCACAACAGCAACAAAUGCGACUAUGACCGCCACUACUACUGUCACUACCACCACCAUCACCGCAACCACCACUACCAUCACCACCACCAUUACCGCGAUCGUCACCGCGACGACUACCGCGACGACUACUACCACUACCGCGACAAUAUCCCAUCAGAGAACCUUGUCGCUGCCCUUAGCCGCCGUUAUUAUCAAUCAAACGCAACCAUCUAAAAGAUCCGUUUUACGGUGUACUACUGUGCGCGACCGGUGCGACAGUUUGCCGUCGAGGGCGCGCACCACCAGCGAGGGACAACCGACCACGGUUGUGCCGGGCCAUCUCAGAGGAACGCACAUGUCUCAUAUACCGCGACCGAAUUCCAUGUACGGACGAGGCCCUUCGUACUCUCCGCCGAUCGCGUCGAUGCCCAUCAGCCCCGCCUCCGACGUCUGCUCGUCGGACUCGGCCGGAUCGUCGCCCUCGAUGGACGAUUGCGGGGAAAAUAUCAUGGAAGAGGGCCCUGUCUCGAGAUACGGGCACUCCCUCACCCCCGACGAGCCCGUGAUCUUGGAUAAGAAGGGUGACGACUGCGCCCUUUGGUCGACGUCGCAUCCGCAUUUCAAAUACUCGCCAAACCUUAAAUCUCAUUCACCCUCUCAGAGUUCCUACCAGAGUGAAAUGUACAGUCCUUGUGGCUCGAGCCCGGGUCGUGGUGGCGUGUACAUGCCCAUGAGUCCGGCAACGACGGUUCACUCGCACUCCCGCGGAUCGUCCCUCGUGGAGGAGAGCAACGUCGACGGCUACGUGCCGAUGGCGCCGGUCGGAGACGACGGUUACGUCGACAUGGAUCCUGUAAAUAAUCACAACGGCCACUUCCCGGACGACCUGUCGCAAAACGACGGCAGUAGUUGUUCCGUCACGUCCGGUACACCCAGCACGGAUCUGCGCUUUUCCGAGUAUCACUUGGACAAGGUGAUCAGCUUCUUGACACCCGGGGAGGAUCUGCAAGCGAGACCAACCAGAGCCUACUCUGUCGGAUCCAGACCGGAACAGGCGAACAGGCAUCGUAAAAAUAGGUUGGACAUCACUCCGCAAGAUGCCAAUAGAGUACGAGCGUUUUCCGUAGGCAGUCGUUCGAAGAGGCCUGAAAUCGGGAGGCUAGCGAAUGUAGUCACCGCGCCGCUGUCAGGCGGCUCAGACAGCUCGAAUUCCAAGUCGAGCUCCGCGCCGUUGCUGUCGAGUUCCUGGGGACACAACUCGGGCUGCUCCGGCGCGUCCGAUCGCAUGGAGGAUCUCAUGGAAUUGGAUUUCACGAGGCCCAGUAUUCCGACCACCCUCUCCUCUCCUCCGUCGUCCUUUUCUCAAACUCAGACGCAGUCGCAAUCGUACUCUACUGCCAUCGACACUAGUUCCUACGUCGACAUGUCGCCCGGACAGGCCCCCGUAUCGACCACUGCCCCAUAUGUCGAUAUGAGUGGCAUAAAUAAGAUUAAUCGCAAUAACAAUAAUAAUACAAUCACUGCCAACCACAAUCAUAGCCACAUGCAUAUAUCAUCGUUAGCUUUCGCCCAUAAACCUGUAAUCACGACUUUAAAGCCGGUAGAGGAGGCGGAGGGACCCUACAUGAAGAUGGACGGCGCUACGGAGGAUUGGGCGCAGUCGGAAGCGAGUCCGAAGCAAGUGUUGUCACUUUUGCAAGAGGACACCUAUCAAACAAAUGGGCCGCCAGGUAGCACAAGAACGGCACCGGUAGAUCUUCCACAACCGAGGCGUCCUCCCGAAGGAUACGUCGAGAUGUCUUUUAAAGCGCGGCCAAGCCUGGACUAUAUAAACAUGAGCAUGGGCGCGAAUAAUCGGAACAAUCGCAAGACACGGACGAGCGGUCGUAAGGAGAAGUCGCGAUCGCAACCGAUCGCAAUUCAGGCGGGCAGCAAGCCGACUAAAACGCCGAGCUUUCUGCCUUUGAACGGCAGCCCGACAUCGGAGAGUCUGGCGAGCACACCCGCCUCUCCGCCGCGAGCGACGCCCACGGGCUCGUCGACCACGAUCUUUCCCUUCUUCCUCAACAGUCCUCAGUCACCGGUGAAGCCUUUCGCGAAGAAAAGCGACGAGUUUUCCACGACGGACGUUUCUAAACAAGACACGGACAAUGACUACGCGGUGAUGGAACCCGCGAAGAUGAUCUGCGCGUCGUGUUCUACCCCAUUGACGGAGACGAAGCUCUCGUCGAAAAUGAAUGACGAGAAACCAUCCGGUCCUACUGCAAAGAACGUUGUUCUGGUUAUGUCGAAACCUUCGUCGCAACAACAACAGAACCGGUCCGCUAAUGUAAUAAUGAAAAAACUGUCGGAUCUAACGGUGUCGAAACCGCGUUACGUCUCGCCGAACACCAGCCCCACCUUGACGGGUUUCAAGACGUCGUCGACAGCCGCGCAACAGUCGAAGCCAUCCUCGCCGAAGUUCAUCGAUGAAACGCCUUCGCCCUCGCCUACGCCGACGCCCGUGCCGAAUCCAUUGGACGAAGGCUACGAAAAGUUGCAACCGGGCGCGACAAAUCUGCAUUACGCUAGUCUCGAUCUGCCGGAGAUCGGCAAUCAGGCGCCCGUGUCGCCGGCGUCCACGCAGGAGAAUUUUACCUACGUCGAGAUUGACUUCACGAAAGUCAAACAGAACUAAAAUACGUUGUUUGCGAAACGCGCGUAUUUUGCGCCGCCUUCUCGUGUGCGUGUGCGAGAGUCCGUGCACAAACGUGACGGGCGGUUUGUUUGGCUGACGCCUCUUGUGUUCCCCAUGAUAGCAACGAGUAGGCAGGGUAUAAUCGAUCGUUCUGACAUUGGCUCGGCUGGUCUAACGAACAAGGCGCCGAGUAGGACCUGUAUAUAUAAUUCAUUUCUUUUCUGCAGCCUAACAGCUUUACACUGUUCGUCAAUCUUUCUAGCGCAGCGGAUUGGCAGCCUAUUUUAAAUCGUUUGAAAAACAAGCGUCGUUGGUACCUAUAGUUCUGGUUGUACUGCAUUAAUAUCGUAUUUUAUCGGAAUGAUAUGAAAUUUUUUAAUAGGCGAGAUAUAUAACUUUUGUCGUUGAAUCCGAAGUGAGUCCUCAAUCUGUCCAUAUACGUAUGCUGUUUAUAACGUUAUGAACAGCCGGGUGAGAUUUAGCGGGGGGAAGAAUACGAAUUGCGAAAAAUGUUAUUUUUUAUUCAGUUAAUAUAUUUGUACAAUUGAUCAGUAGAAGAAAUUCCUUGAUAUUAGAUAUAUUGCCUAGUUAAGCGAGAGCCGCUUGUAAAAAUGUAUAAAUUUUUUAAAUUUUAAUUUGUUAGUAGAUUUGCGUGUUAUCUCUAUCAAAAUUUAUUUCGUUUUGUAUUAUAUUUUCAGAUGCUGACAAGCCAAAUAUGUAUAAGUCGGUUUUUUUUUUUUUUGGUUUCUUUGUUUUGUUUUUGCGAGAUAUAUACAUCGAGUUUAACUUGUAUUUAUAAUCAUUUCCUAAUAAUGUAUGACGACAAAAUUUAUUUAUAUCAAUUGUUUUGGAGCACAGCUCGUAAACAUAAAUUCUAUAAUUUUUCAGCUUGUGUACAAAUUUUAACGAUAUAUCUUUUAUUUGCGCAUUGAAAAUUCUAUCGAACUUGAUUCAUGGAGAUCUGCAUAUCAUUGUUUGUACAGAGAAUAGCAUGUUAUUAUAUCUACACGUUCAUGCUUAUUUGUAUUCUAACAUUCUAUAAUAGUCAAAUUGUCGAAUCCGAAUUUAUGAAUUGUUUUUAAUUUAAAAAGUAGUCAUCGUAUAUGAAUUUUUGCGCCUUUGUGUGAUAUAAAAUCAACUAUUUUAAUCGUUUUAUCUUUAUUAGAAAUCUUUGAACAUUUAAUGAGAUCUAAAUAACGGAAUGUGCGAAGUCUCUAGAUAUAAGUCAUCGUGAAAUUAUGGAUUUGCAAUUUUUAUAACUCGAAAAAAAAAAAAAAUCGUUCCAAGCCUAUUGUUAACGCAGGAAUGCAUACCGACGGGACUCGUUGGUCUUUUUGCGAAGGAUAAGAAAUUUUCACAACGCCAAUCCUGCUUUUAGACGUUGCGACUAACCCGUUGAUAUCAGUACUAGUUGAAAAAGAAAAAAGAAAAAAAACAUUUCAAUGGAACUAAAAAAUAUCGUAAGUUUUAGGAAUUAUUGCAUGGAAUACGGUGGUGUGUAACAGUACACUACCAGAAACAUACGUACUGAAAGAGAAACGCGACAGAGUCGUCAUUCAUAAUGAUAUUGCGAAUUGGAUGAAAUUCCGCAGAGCGAAACCGAUCAAUGAGAUAUUAUAUAUUGUUGCUCGUCUCCUCUAUGCCGAAUUUUAAUCCGAUUUCAUUUCCUCGCGAAGGAAUGUUACCCGCCAAUGUUAGAUCGACAUCUUAUAGAGUUCGUAUUGCAGACGAAAAAAAAAAAAAUAGAUGUUCCGUACAAUGCAGUAUACAUAUGUUAUCACGCUUUUCAUAUAAAUUAUGAAAGGUCGAAGUACCUCGAAAGGGCUAAUUCGACUGCGCGUACACACAUACACACAGCCGCAUACGCGUAUACAUAUAUGCAUAUUCGUUCUGCAGGAUAUUCUGUGAAAAAAAAGAAAAGAAAAAAGAAAAAAAAAACGGUACAACCGGCGAUGUGCCGGGACGACACGGAGGAAGAUUAUUUAAUAAGAAAAA